AUGGCUAUGAAUGACACCGCGGCCAAGGUCGAAAAGAACACAAGCAUGACCACUCCCUCCUCCACACCGGCUGCCGCCGCCCCCAACAACUCCGCGGCACCGGCCACCGAAGACAGUGCUGCUUCUACCAUUACUGUCAACACGAAGACACCGGCCACUUUCCCUCCCCCCAAGACCGACAAGCCCCGCCCCCAUGUGUGCGCGACCUGCCAGCGCUCCUUCGCCCGAUUGGAGCAUCUGAAACGCCACGAGCGCUCCCACACCAAGGAGAAGCCCUUCGAAUGCCCCGAGUGCACGAGAUGUUUCGCCCGACGCGACUUGUUGCUGAGGCACCAACAGAAGUUGCACCAGACCACCACCCCGUCGUCCCGCCCCCGCAACCGCCGUGAGAGCGCAAGCAGUGCCGCGCCUGGAGCCCGCGCCCGCAAAAACAGCGUUGCCGGUCCCAACGCCGCCGCCGCCGCCGCCGCAAAUGCUGCCGCCGCCUCGAUGCGUCCGAGGGCAAACACCAUCAGCCACGUCGACGGGAACGCGAUGCAGAUGAUCGCUGCUGCCAACGCCCAGGUGGCGGCCCGUGGCAUGCCACCUGGCACACACAACCGUCACCCCAGUUUGGCCGGCUUGCCCGUGCACAACAUGGACUUCGGCGGCAUGUCGGCCGCCAUGGGCCACCGCGGCAUGUCUCACGGUCUGCCCAAGCUCGAGACGCAUAGCAUCAACCACAUGGACUUUAGCGGCCUACGGACCGCUCCGCCCAUGGCCGUCUUCAACCCGGACUUCGACUACGGGGACCUGCUGUUCGGCCCGGGGUCCACCAUCAACCCCAAUGCUCUCCACUAUAACGACUCGCCGCAGUCCAUGGCCAUGGACCAGCAGCCCUCACCCUUCCCCCACGGCCUCACGUCCGACCUCUCGACGGCCCAGCUGGACGACAGCUUCGACUGGCUGACGGGUUUCGAGCACCAGAUGUCCUUUCAGGGCGCCGAGAACGCCGUCGACGGCUCGAGUCCCUCGGCCAUCAGCACGACCAGCCAGAGCGGCAUCAGCGAUGUCAUGGUCGACGGCUCCAAUCACCCUGCCCCGGCAGGGACCAGUUCAAUGUGGCAACCGGCCGUCAUGGGUCCUCCCCAGGUCCCCAACCCGUUUGCCAUGGAUCUAAAUGGUUCGGUCUUCCCAGAUCUCUUAAACGGAGCCCCCGUCUCACCACAACCUGCUGCGCAGAAAAUGAACGAUGCCUAUUUCUCGACGCCGCCUCCCUCUCUUAGCUCCCUCAGUCCGUCGAUGGUCUCCGGACUCUCCAACAACACGCAAAACCUCAACCACGCCGCCCUUAACUUCAGCCACCACGCCGGCCCCGAGACGCCCUCGUCCCUGACGGGCGGCAACCACGGCGUCUCGCCCGUCUCCACCAUCACCGAACCCACCCGCGGCGCCAUUGUCGGCGCCCUGUCGCAGUGCUCUCCAUUUGGAGGACGGAGAUACUCGUUUGCGACCCCGAGCUCGCCGUUGUCGCCGGGCUUUCAGAACACGGCCAACAGUGUUCCAGACCAUGUAAAGAAUUUACCUAGCACUCAAGACUUGCAACGAUAUGUUGGCGCUUACCUUCGUUACUUCCACCCUCAUCUGCCGUUCUUGCACAUUCCCACUUUGACCUUUGAGAUGCCGCCCUCGGCUGCCAACCGCUCCAGCCCCGUCGGUGGGAGCGGCUGUCUCAUCCUUUCCAUGUCUGCCAUUGGCGCCCUGUACGAAAUGGACCACGUCCAGUCCCGGGACCUGUUUGAGAUGGCCAAGAAAAUGAUUCAACUGUAUCUUGAGGAACGGCGGAAAGCCGACGUGAGAAAGGCCGACUUACGAAGAGCCCCCCCAGCAGCACCCGAGUCGUCGACGUCUCAUCAUCAUCCUCACCAGCAGCAGCAUCCCCAGGAAUCCUCUGUCCACACUCCCGUUUGGCUCGUGCAGGCCAUGCUGCUAAAUGUCGUCUAUGGCCACAACUGCGGCGACAAGACGGCGAGCGACAUAGCGUCGACCCACUGUGCUGCCCUCGUCAGCCUGGCCCAGGCCGCCGAUCUCCUCCGCCCCGUUCGCGUGGAGCCCAGCGACGCUCAUGAUACUCACAUGCAUGACGAUGCCAACUGGAGCGGCCUUAAGUCGGACUCUGAGGAGGAGCAGGUAGACUGGCUGCGUUGGAGGGCGAUGGAGGAACGCAAACGCACCCUCUACGCCGUCUUCAUUCUCUCAAGCCUCCUGGUUGCCGCCUACAACCACACGCCCGCCCUGACAAACUCUGAAAUUCUGCUUGACCUGCCCUGCGACGAGGACUUCUUCGCCGCCGAGAGCAGCACGGCCUUUGCCGCCAUGGGCGGUAUCCGCGCCGCCAACCAUAACCGGAUGACGUUCCACGAGGCGCUGGGCGACCUGCUCAGGUCCAACGAGAAGCAGCAGAAGCAGCAGCUUGCCUUCAACAACGGGCAACAGCCCUUCGGUCAGGCCGGCAGCGGCGGCAUGAACGACGGCGACCUCAAGCCGUCCACGUUGGGUUGCCUGAUACUCAUCAACGCGCUGCACAAUUACAUCUGGGAAACGCGCCAACGACACCACAACAAGGUCUGGACCAACGAGGAGACUGAGAAGAUGCAUCGCCACAUCGAACCGGCCCUAAAGGCCUGGCAGGCCGCGUGGGCAAGCAACCCGCACCAUAGUCUGGAGCGGCCGAACCCUUUCGGCCUCGGGCCACUGUCGGCCGACGCCAUCCCGCUGCUCGAUCUGGCCUACGUGCGACUCUUUGUGAACCUCGCGCGCUCCAAAGAGAAGUUCUGGCAACGCGACUGGGACGCCAUGGCCGAGGAGCUCUCUCGCGGCAGCGAAAUUGUGCAACACGCGGAGCACUCGCCCGCCUCCAACACGGAAUCGACCGGCACAGAGAAUUCCGACAACUCCGUCUCCAGCUCGGUGUUUGCCGAGUCCCCGGCAACGCAGUCUUCGUCUCCAGAGUUCUCUUCUGCCAAGUUCCCUUCCCAGACCACCCAGACGGCGCCGAACCGAUCCACCUCUCGCAGGGAGAAGCACCUCCGCAAAGCCGCCUUCUACGCCGCCGACUCGCUCGCCAUGUCGGACAAGCUGGGCGUGACCUUUGCCGACUUUUCCAGCCGGGAACUGCCUCUCCAGGCGGCCAUGUGCGCCUUUGACUGUGCCCAGGUUCUGGCUGAGUGGGUUGCAACGCUGCAGGAUCGAGUCGGCCGGUACCUCGGCAUUCUCGGCCAAGAUGACGUGGACCUCUCGCAGGUCCCGGCCAUCAUGUUAUUGGAAGAGGAAGAUGUCAAGCUGCUCGGAAAGGUCCGGGAGGUGCUGGCUUCGGCCGAGAUGAAGAUGAACUUUGAGCUUGUUCAGGGCAACGUUGUUGAUGUCGAUACUAGGAUGCACAUGGAUGAUCAUGCGGGUUAUGCGGCCAAAAUCCUCCGCGUCACCGCUUACAUGCUUGACAAGGCCGCCGUGUGGCCAGUCACUCACCUGAAGGCCCGAUGCCUCGAAGCACAUGCUACCCACGUGCGCGCCAGAGCCGAGAAGUCGGUGAUGACUAGCGAAUAA